AUGUCGACGGCCAAGGAGAUUCGCAACAAGAUAUUCAGCCAGGCCGCUGGGGGAGCAGAGGGCGCCGCUGCUCCUACUACUGAUCAAGGGCUAACUAUUGAUAUUCCCAAACCUAUCUCUGCACCCGCUGCACCAGUUCCCUUGCCCAAGACCAAUAAGCCCAAGGUCGAAGAGGAGGUCGAGAGUGAGCCCCAAGGAGAUACGCGCUCUUACCGCCAGAAGGUUCUCGAUGCUCUCGGAACUUCCUAUACCAGUGUUGAGAACUAUCGUCUGGAGCAAGAUGGGCGCAAGGAGCGUCAUUGGAAACGUUGGGGACCGUAUCUUGCCGAAAGGCAGUGGGCCACUGUUCGUGAGGAUUAUUCUGGGAAUGGAGAUGCUUGGGCCAACUUUCCUCACUCUGCCGCUCGUUCUCGCGCCUACCGUUGGGGCGAAGAUGGAAUAGGCGGUGUCUCUGACAACCACCAGCGCUUGUGCUUUGCCCUUGCCCUCUGGAAUGGUGAAGACCCCUUCCUCAAAGAACGCUUGUUUGGUGUGACCGGUCCUGAGGGAAACCAUGGUGAAGACUGCAAGGAGCUUUACUACUAUUUGGAUUCUACGCCAACGCAUUCUUACAUGAAGUUCCUGUACAAAUAUCCUCAACGCCGAUUCCCAUACGAAGAGCUCGUCCGCGAGAGCGUCAGCCGCGGUCGCGAUGUCCCCGAGUUCGAGAUUCAUCAUACUGAGGCGUUCGAGGAUGAUCGAUACUGGGACGUAUUCAUCGAGUACGCUAAAGAUGCAGACGACCCUGAAGCUAUGUCUAUCCGUAUCACGGCUUACAAUCGCGGGCCAGAGCCGGCUGACCUGCAUAUCAUUCCUCAACUUUGGUUCCCUAAUACCUGGUCCUGGACUCAUAAUCCUCCUCCACGCCCACAACUGAAGCUCAUCGCUCCAGGUACUGUUCAAGUAACCAACGAGAAACUUUCAACCCCCCCGUACAUGUAUUGCAUCCCUUCUCCUCCCCCAGUUGGUCCUAUUGCAGAGGGCGAAGAUGUUGUCGAGGUCGAAGGUGAUGGAGUUACUCCAAACAUGCUUUUUACCGAGAACGAUACAAACUACGAGCGUCUGUAUGGAGGCAAGAACUCCAGCCCAUAUGUUAAGGAUGCAUUCCACGACCAUAUCGUCCCCGAGCAUCGCCCCCUUAUCGACGACGACACUGGCACUGAGAAGAGAGAAACCGAGAUCCUUGCGGAAAAGGGCAAGACAGAGGAAGCGAUCAGAAAGUCACCGGUCACGCCCACUGUACGAGCACCUCCUCGCCCCUGGGAUGAGCAAAGGGGUGAUCGGCCAUUUGUUAACCCGAAAAAUGAGGGUACUAAAUGCGGGGCGCAAUACGUUUUCAAGGCGGUCCCUCCCCGUGGAGGUUGUGCCGUAGUUCGUCUCAAACUUACCCCUCACACCCCAAACAAGGAUCCGUCGAUAUGGGAUGAAGAGUUAUUUGACGACACUAUAGACGAGCGUCGCCAGGAUGCAGAUGAAUUCUACGCCCGGCUUUCCACUGGGUCCGGAGGUGUCACAGAUGAUUUGAGGGCGAUUAUGCGUCAAGCUUUGGCAGGAAUGAUGUGGAGCAAGCAGUUCUACCAGUUUAUUCACAAGGAAUGGAUGGAAGGUGACCCCGCUCAGCCUCCUCCACCUCCGGAACGCAAGUGGGUCAGGAAUAGGGAGUGGAGACACUUGCAUAUUGCCGAUGUUCUUUCAAUGCCUGAUAAGUGGGAAUACCCCUUCUUUGCCGCGUGGGACACUGCUUUCCAUUGUAUCCCAUUGGCGAUGGUAGACCCAGCAUUCGCGAAGAAGCAGCUUGAUUUGCUUACUCGAGAGUGGUAUAUGAAACCUGAUGGUGCAUUACCUGCCUACGAAUGGAACUUUUCCGAUGUAAACCCUCCGGUACACGCUUGGGCAACUUUCCGUGUCUUCAAGAUCGAGCGAAAACUGACAGGAAACGAGGACGUCCCGUUCCUCGAACGAGUCUUCCAGAAGCUCUUACUCAAUUUCACGUGGUGGGUAAAUCGCAAAGAUGCGGGGGGACACAACGUGUUUGAAGGAGGAUUUUUGGGGCUCGAUAACAUUGGUGCUUUCAACCGGAGUGAACCCCUGCCGACCGGAGGUGUACUCCGUCAAGCAGACGGAACAGCCUGGAUGGCUUUCUAUUGUUUGAACAUGCUGAAUAUGGCACUUGAGCUUGCCAAGCAUAAUAGCGUGUACGAGGAUAUUGCAAGCAAGUUCUUCGAGCAUUUCAUCUUUAUCGCCGAUGCCAUGACUUACCGCCAAGGUGAUAACGAAUUAUCCCUUUGGAACGAGGAGGAGGGCUUCUACUUUGAUGCCAUUCAAUGGGGCGAAUCUCACUCUCAACAAAUGCCCAUCCGUUCACUUGUCGGAUUGAUUCCGUUGUACGCAACGCUCGUCUUGGAACCAAGUGUGAUCAAUAGGUUCCCUGGGUUCAAGAAACGUAUGGAAUGGUUUAUUGACAAUCGACCGGAGAUUUCAGCACGUAACAUGGCAAACAUGAAAGCUCGCGGAAGGGGUGAGCGUAGGCUCUUGGCGCUCACGAACAAGGACCGUCUGGUGAGAAUUCUAGAGAAGAUGCUUGAUGAGUCCGAGUUCUUCAGCGACUACGGAAUUCGAUCGAUGUCGCUUUACCACAAGGACCACCCAUGGUCGAUCAACGUGAAGGGCCAAGAUUUCGGUGUUGAAUACUGGCCUGGUGAUUCCAGAUCUGGUAUGUUCGGUGGUAACUCCAACUGGCGUGGCCCUAUUUGGCUUGCUGUAAACUUCCUGCUGGUCGAGUCCCUUCAACGAUUCCACCAAUACUACGGGAACGAUCUCCAGGUUGAAUGCCCUACCGGAAGUGGCGAUUAUAUGGAUCUGGCCAAGGUCGCCGACGAAAUUCAGCAUCGGCUCAUUCAUAUCUUUGGAAGAGAUAUGGAGGGUCGUCGCGCGACCAACGGCGGAGACGAGAAACUCGAUCGCGACCCUCACUUCCGCGAUUAUGUUCUCUUCCACGAGUUCUUCCAUGGUGAUGAUGGUCGUGGGUUAGGAGCGUCUCAUCAGACAGGAUGGACCGGACUGGUCGCGUUUUCUAUUAUGCAAAGUGGUUUGUCCUGCAGAUUACCUCGCACUCCAAAGACACCUCGCAGCGUGGCACGCCACUACUUCGAUGAACAUAUCGAUACCGUCUCUGAAGCAGGUGAUGCCCCCUUCUCCGCUUACAGCGCUAUCGACCGCAACACGUUUGGCGACGUUUCUCCCGAUGCGCUCUAG